ACUGCACGGUUUGUGUGGUGGCUGGGCAAACGACUGCCGUGCAACGAGUCGCGGGUUCGAUUCCCGCACGGAACAACACUUUGUGUGAUCUACAAAUUGUUGUUUCUGGUCUGGGUGAUAUUGUGUAUGCAAACUUGUAUGUUUGUAAACGCACUCACGGCACAGGAGAACAUCCUAGUGUGGGGCAACGUAUUUUAAAAGAAAAAAGAAAAAGAAAAACUGUUAUGUUGUGGUCGAUUAAAAUAUUGUCUCAGCUGUCAUGUGCAUUGCACAAUAUCUCGUUAGUAAUUUAAUUCUUAAAAACAUUAUCGUGAUCCGUGAAGCUGGGGGGAUGGAAGAAGAAACCAUCAUAGUAGGUCCCUGCGCGCACGUCGUUGACGUGUGCGUGACGCAGCCCUCCCUGGUAUGGAGUGGGUCCGUGGGUGACGCCGCCACUAGUACAACAGACGGACGUCCGUCGUCCGUACGUCGAACAAACCGCAAGACUUUCGUAUUAAGAUGCACAGACUUAUGAAUAUUUGUUUAUUGUAUUUUACAUAAUUGUGACCUUCUGUAAAUUGCAGCUGCCAGCUUUUUGUAAUUGUCAUUUGUUUUUAUUUAGAAAUCUAGUACCACAAUAAAAUAAUAAUGAUCUUAACUUCGAUCGUGCCUAGACAUACCUACCUAUGUUUAGAACCUAUGUUGAUUUCGUUGUAAGUGCUCGAUAAAGUCAUUCAUUUGUUAGAAUACUUAAAAUUAAUUUCUUCAUUGAAAAAAAUAUUAUAAGUAGGUAUAAUAAAUCUCCCGAUCGAUUUCGAUAAUAGUGGCAAGUCUUACUAGACUAGCCCACAACGCAGGAGAUAUCACAGUUGACAAGUGUGUGCCCCAACGAUGUGGUCAGAACUGCCUUAAUUCGUAAGGAAGUUCCAGCGUAGCGCGUCACAGGGCUACUGUUGAAUGUCGUACAACGCGAGCCGCUGAUCUCAUCUUUUGUAAGGAGUAUCACGGUUCUCGGUUUCAAUAAUUUGUACAUUUGUUCAGGUCGCCGCUAGUUAAUCCGGUGAUGACUAUUGUGCUAUUAAGGAGUACUCUGCGAAAUGUUAUUAUCUAUGUACCUUAAAAAAUGCGUAGCUAAUAAUGAAGUGAACCCACCCAAUACGCAUGGCUGUGUGACUCUCAAGCUGCGUGGACCGUGGUACAUUUGUUGAACGAGACAUUGUGACAAGUGAUCCGAUGUGUCGCUCGACUUCGCCAAUUGCCUUACAAAGGAUCCCUAUUGUUGUGGCAUGAUGGGACGUUGGCAUCGCGCACUGCGUCUGCGCACGGCUCGCAGAGUUCAGCUCUGCAUCCAGGGAUCACCAAACUUUAAGAUAAUCCAAAUUCAAGCUGCAGGUAGCUUGCAAUCAUCAAAACAUACAUUUCCUUUAAAAUAAAAACUUAUUCAAAUUGAUAAAUUGAUAGUCACUAACGGUGUAAUAAUUAUGAUUCGGCGCGUGAUUUACACUUCAGAUUAUGAUUAUUUGCGUAUUUAAUCGAGAGGUCACUAGAUCGACCUCUCUAGAUAGAGGGAACACUCUGAGGUCGAAGCGGACUCGCGUUGCAACCGUGUUAACUGCACAUCUCUCGGAAGACGCUCCUCUCGUGGGUACUGGUGCUGUAGUCGCUUAUAUCCAAAAAGGCCGGGAGUAGUUUUAGCAGCAAUGAGUAACUUUCUUAAGGAGGAAGAACACGGCGACCUUGUCCGUCCUUGCGACGAGAUAACGCGGGUUCGGGGUCUUGUGGAAACGUGACGCUUCGGGCCGCGACCCCGCUAUCGCGCCCUUUUAACCGCGUGUCGCACCGCCGCCGCAUCACUCGGCUCGCACGCUCCUCGCGCGUAUCACGCACCUUCCGUUCCGGCCGUGCGUUAUACUUAUAUACCCAAAAGUAACACUUGGUACUGAAACGACAGUGAAGUCGGAACUGGGCCGGAGCUCCACAUUAGCUGUGACAUUAGUCUGUGAAGCAGUGCUCUGUUGCAGAUAACUCCUGCUGAGACACUGCCAUGCCGAGUGCUGUGACCAACGGGACCAGGGGUGCGGAGGAUGACAUCGUGCUGACGGGGCUGUCGGGCCGCCUACCCGAGUCUGAUACUAUCGAGGAGUUCGCACAGCAGCUGUUCGACGGCGUAGAUCUGGUCACCGCAGACGAUAGACGAUGGACGCCAGGUUUGCACGGUCUACCGGAACGAAAUGGCAAGCUCAAGGACCUGGCACACUUUGACGCCACGUUCUUCGGGGUGCACGCCAAGCAGGCUCACCUCAUGGACCCACAGCUGCGACUGUUGCUGGAGCUCACGCACGAGACCAUCAUCGACGCCGGCAUCAACCCCAGCGAGCUGCGCGGCUCGCGCACCGGCGUCUACGUGGGCGUGUCCAACUCCGAGACCGAGGAGAUGUGGACCGUGGACCCCGACAAGAUCAACGGAUACGCGCUGACCGGCUGUUGCCGAGCCAUGUUCCCGAACCGUAUCUCGUACACGUUCGACCUGAAGGGGCCUUCGUUCGCGGUGGACACGGCUUGCUCCAGCUCCAUGUUCGCGCUGGCGCAGGCCGCCACUGCCAUCCGCGCGGGCCACUGCGACGCGGCCAUCGUGGCCGGCACCAACCUGUGCCUGAAGCCCGCCAACUCGCUCAACUUCCACCGCCUGAGCAUGCUGUCACCCGAGGGCCGCUGCGCCGCGUUCGACGCGAGCGGGCGCGGGUACGUGCGCUCGGAGGCGGCCGUGGCCGUGCUGCUGCAGCGGCGCGGCGCGGCGCGGCGCGUGUACGCCACGCUGCGCGGCCUGCGCGUCAACACGGACGGCGCCAAGGACCAGGGCAUCACCUUCCCCUCCGGUGACAUGCAGCGCCGCCUCGCCGAGGAAACCUUCGCCGAAGCCAAGCUGCGUCCGAGCGACGUUGUCUACGUCGAGGCCCACGGGACGGGCACUAAGGUGGGAGAUCCUCAAGAGGUGAACGCAAUCGCAGAACUGUUCUGCAAGGGGCGCAAGGGGCCACUAUUGCUGGGCUCCGUCAAGUCCAACAUGGGUCACUCGGAGCCCGCGUCCGGCCUGUGCUCCGUCGCCAAGGUCAUCGUGGCCAUGGAGCGCGGCGUCAUCCCCGGCAACCUACACUACAAGAGCCCCAACCCCGACAUCCCGGCACUCAACGACGGCAAGAUCAAGGUCGUGGAUCGCAACACGGAGUGGGACGGCGGCCUCGUGGCCAUCAACUCCUUCGGCUUCGGAGGCGCCAACGCACACGUCAUCCUGGAGUCGGAGCCCCGCGGCCCGGCGCGCGCGGCCCGGGCGCGCGGCGUGCCCCGCGUCGUGCUGGCGUCGGGCCGCACGGAGGAGGCCGUGGCGGCGCUGACGGAGCUGGCGGCGCGCCACCGGGACGACGCGGCGCUGCACGCGCUGCUGGACGCCGUGCACCGCCACAACAUCCCCGGACACUCGCACCGCGGGUUCGCCGUGCUGUCCGACCCGCCCCUGCACGAGUGCGCCGAAGUAGAGAGCGGCGAGCCCCGGCCCGUGUGGUUCGUAUUCUCCGGCAUGGGCUCGCAGUGGCCCGGCAUGGCUAAGGCCUUGAUGCAGCUGCCGGUCUUCGCGGCCAGCAUAACGCGCUCUGCAGCCGCGCUGCGCCCGCACAGCAUCGACCUCGUCAACAUCAUCACGGAGGCGCCGGCCGAGGCCUUCAAUGACGUCAUCAACUCCUUCGUGUCCAUCGCCGCCGUGCAGGUCGCGCUGGUGGACGUGCUGCGCGCGCUCGACGUGCGCCCCGACGGCAUCGUGGGCCACUCGGUGGGAGAGAUCGGUUGCGCUUACGCCGACGAGACGCUGACCGCGGAGCAGGCCGUGCUGGCGGCUUACUGGCGGGGCCGCAGCAUCGUGGACGCCAAGCUGGCGCCGGGCGCCAUGGCGGCCGUGGGCCUGUCCUGGGAGGAGUGCGAGGCGCGCUGCCCGGCCGACGUGGUGCCGGCCUGCCACAACUCCAACGACAGCGUCACGAUUUCAGGGCCCGUAGAGUCGCUGGAGAAGUUCGUGGCCGCGUUGUCGGCGGAGGGUACGUUCGCACGUCGCGUCAACAGCUCGGGUGUCGCCUUCCACAGCAAAUACAUCGCCGCCGCCGCUCCCUUGCUGCGCCGCAGUCUGGAAAAGAUCAUCACGGAUCCGAAGCCGCGUACCAAGCGCUGGGUGUCCUCUUCGUUGCCGCGGGACAAGUGGGACUCUGAGCUGGCCAAGCUGAGCGACGCCAACUACCACGUGAACAACCUGCUGUCGCCGGUGCGGUUCGCGGACGCGCUGCGCUCGGUGCCGGAGCGCGCGCUGCUGGUGGAGGUGGCGCCGCACGCGCUGCUGCAGGCCGUGCUGAAGCGCGCGCUGCCCGGCGCCGCGCACGUGCCGCUGGUGCGCCGCGACGCCGCCGACGCGCUGCAGCACCUGCUGGCGGCGGCCGGGCGCCUGUACGCGGCGGGCGCGCAGCCGGCCGUGGGCGCGCUGUACCCGGCCGUGCCGUUCCCGGUGCCGCGCGGCACGCCGGGGCUGGCGUCGCACGUGCGCUGGGACCACUCGCUGGAGUGGAGCGUGGCGCACUUCGGGAACGCGUCGCGCUCCGGGGAGAACGUCAUCGAGUACGACGUGUCGCGACCCGACGACGGCUUCAUCACGGGACACAACAUCGACGGCCGCGUGCUCUUCCCCGCCACCGGCUACCUGACCCUGGUGUGGAGGACCAUGGCGAAGCUCCACAACAAGAAACCCGAGGAGACUCCGAUAGUGAUGGAGAACAUUCAGUUCCGACGCGCCACCAUCGUGUCGCGCGACACGCCCGUGCGCUUCCUCAUCAACAUCCUCGACGGCACCGGCGAGUUCGACGUCUGCGAGGGCGGCGCCGUCGUCGUCACUGGCCACGUGCGCCUGGCGUCCGAGCCGGCCGCCGAGCGCCUGCGGGACCUGGAAGACGAGCCGGCGCCCGACCAGGACCUGCCGCCGCUCGUCACCGACGACAUCUACAAGGAGCUGCGCCUGCGCGGGUACAACUACGGCGGCAUCUUCCGCGGCAUCCGCCGCUCCGACCCGCGCGGCACCGCCGGCCAGCUGGCCUGGGACGACAACUGGAUCUCCUUUAUGGACACCAUGCUGCAGUUCGGCAUCAUCGGCAUCGACACGCGCGAGCUGUACCUGCCCACGCGGCUGCAGCGCGUGCUCAUCGACCCGGCGGCCCAGCUGGCGGCCGUGGCGGCGGCGGGCCAGCCCGCCCUGCUGGACGUGCGCAUGUACCGCGACCUGGACGUCAUCCGCGCCGGCGGCGUCGAGUUCCGCGGCGUCAAGACUAGCCUGGCACCGCGCCGCGCCAACGCGCAGGCCGCGCCCAAGCUGGAGAAGUACGUGUUCAUGCCGUACGACAACGCCACCAUCAGCACCGAGGACACUUCGCGUUCCAAGCGCGACGCGCUUACCGUCAGCCUGCAGCUGGUGCUGGAGAACGCGGGCUCCAUCAAGCUAAAGCUGGCCGAGGCGGCCCUGGACCGACCGGCCGAGGCCCUGCUGACGCCGCUAGCCAUGCAGGUGCUGGAGUCCGAGCCGCAGGUGCGUGUGGACGCGUCCCUGGCGGCCGGGCCCGCGCCCGCGCCCUACGCCGCCGCCGUCAAGGAGCUGGGAGUCAAGGUCAACCCCAAGGACGGCAAGACCACACCCAUCGACUCCGAGUGCCACCUGGUGCUGGCCGCCGACGUGCUGAGCAGGCACGGCGCCGCCACGCUGGGACACCUGGCGGCCGCGCUGGCCGAGUCGGGCAUGAUCCUGCUGGAGGAGCCGCACCGCGCGCUGGACGGCGCGGGCGACAUGCUGGCGGCGGCCGGGCUGCAGUGCCUGGCGCGCCAGCGGGCCGCCGCCUGCGAGUACGUGCUGCUGCGGCGGCGGCGGCCGGGCCCGGCGGCGCACGUGGUGCUGGACGUGGACGACGAGCGCGGCUUCCCGUGGGUGGAGGCGCUGCGCACGGCGCUGGCGCGCGCCGAGCACGAGCCGGAGCUGCGCGUGUACUGCGUGGCGCGCGCGGCCGCGGCCGGCGUGCUGGGGCUGUGCACGUGCCUGCGCGCCGAGGCGGGCGGCCGCGCGCUGCGCUGCUACUACCUGCCGGGCGCGCGCGAGCCCUUCCGCCCCGACGCGCCCGCCUACGCCGCGCAGGUGGAGCGCGACCUGGCCUUCAACGUGCUGCGCGCCGGCGUCUGGGGCUCCUACCGUCACCUGGAGCUGGGCGCGGCCGAGGCGCAGCUGCAGCGCGGGGCCCGGGCUGACGAGAGUUUGGCGCAGGUGGAGCACGCGUACGUGAACACGCUGACGCGCGGCGACUUGUCGUCGCUGCGGUGGAUCGAGUCCCCGCUGCGGUACGCGGCGGCGACGCCGCUGCCGGCCCGCACGGAGCUGUGCCGCGUGUACUGCGCGCCGCUCAACUUCCGCGACAUCAUGCUGGCUACGGGCAAGCUGCCGCCAGACGCGCUGCCCGGCAACCUGGCAGGCCAGGAGUGCAUCCUGGGCCUGGAGUUCAGCGGCCGCUCGUCGGACGGGCGGCGCGUCAUGGGCAUGGUGGCCGCCUGCGGCCUGGCCAGCACCGUGCUGGCGGACCGCGGCUUCCUGUGGGAAGUGCCGCGCGACUGGACGCUGGAGCAGGCCUCCACGGUGCCCGUGGCGUACGCCACCGCGUACUACGCGCUGGUGGUGCGCGGGCGCAUGCGGCGCGGGGAGUCCGUGCUGGUGCACGCGGGCACGGGCGGCGUGGGGCAGGCCGCGCUGGCCAUCGCGCUGCACGCGGGCUGCCGCGUCUUCACGACGGUGGGCACGCCGGACAAGCGCGCCUUCCUGCGCCAGCGCUUCCCGACGCUGCCGGCCGAGAACAUCGGCAACUCGCGUGACACGUCCUUCGAGCAGCUCGUGAAGCGGCGCACGGCCGGGCGCGGGGUGGACCUGGUGCUGAACUCUCUGGCCGCUGACAAGUUGCACGCGUCUGUGCGCUGCCUGGCCGAGGGCGGCCGCUUCCUAGAGAUAGGCAAGCUGGACCUGUCCAACGACACGGCGCUGGGCAUGUCCAUCUUCCUGAAAAACACGACGUUCCACGGCAUCCUGCUGGACGCGCUGUUCGACGCGGACAGCGCGGACAGUGACAAGGCGGCCGUGGUGCGCUGCGUCACCGAGGGCAUCGCGGCCGGCGCCGUGCAGCCGCUGCCCGCCACCGUCUUCUCCGACCACCAGCUGGAGCAGGCCUUCCGGUACAUGGCCACCGGCAAGCACAUCGGCAAGGUGGUGCUGCGCGUCCGCGACGAGGAGGCGGCGGGGGCCCGGCCGGCCAGCAAGCUCCUGGGGGCCCUGCCGCGCACCUACAUGCACCCCGCGCGCUCCUACGUGCUCGUGGGCGGCACCGGCGGCUUCGGCCUGGAGCUGGCGCAGUGGAUGGUGCGGCGCGGCGCCACGCGGCUCGUGCUGAACUCGCGCGGCGGGCUGCGCACGGGCUACCAGGCGGCCUGCGUGCGGCGCUGGCGGGCCGCCGGCGUCGCCGUCGCCGUCAGCACGGCCGACGCCAGCACGCCGGCCGGCGCGCGCGCGCUGCUGCAGGAGGCGGCGGCGCUGGGCCCCGUGGGCGGCGUCUUCAACCUGGCCGCCGUGCUGAGGGACGCCUUCAUCGACAAGCAGACGCCCGCAGACUUCCAGGCCGUCGCCAAACCCAAGAUCGAUGGUGAGCUUUACCACCUUAACGCAUUGGACGCGGCGACGCGCGAGCUGGCGCCGGAGCUGGAGUACUUCGUGGUGUUCUCGUCCGUGUCCUGCGGCCGCGGCAACGCCGGCCAAAGCAACUACGGACUCGCCAACUCCGCCAUGGAGCGCAUCAUGGAGCAGCGCCAGGCCGACGGCCUGCCCGGCCUGGCCGUGCAGUGGGGCGCCAUCGGCGAGGUGGGGCUCAUCGUGGACACCAUGGGCGGCGACGACGCCGUGGUCGGCGGCACCGUGCCGCAGCGCAUCGCGUCCUGCAUGGAGGCGCUGGGCGCGCUGCUGGCGCUGCCGCACGCCGUGGCGGCGUCCAUGGUACUGGCGGACAAGCGCCGCGCGACCGCCGCGCCGCAGCAGGACUUGCUGCACGCCGUCGCCAACAUCCUCGGCAUCAAGGAUCCUAGCAAGGUGUCGGACUCCGCCAACCUGGCCGAGCUAGGCAUGGACUCGCUCAUGGGCGCCGAAAUCAAGCAGACCUUGGAACGCGGCUACGACGUGGUGCUAGGCGUGCAAGAGAUCCGCGCGCUCACCUUCUCCAAGCUGCGCGGCAUGGCGGGCGGCGACGACGCCGCGGGCGGGGAGCCGGCCGCCAGCGAGCCGGCGGGAGCGGACGCGGCCGGCGCGCAGGCGCAGUUCGCGGCGCUGGGCGAGCUCAUGCCCAAGCAGGCGCUGGUGAAGCUGCCGAGCGCGGCGGCGGGCGAGCGGCCCGUGUUCAUGGUGCACCCCAUCGAGGGCGUGGUGGACAUGCUGCGCGGGCUGGCGGCGGCCGUGCGCGCGCCCGUGUUCGGCCUGCAGUGCACGGCGGCGGCGCCGCUGGCCGACAUGGCGGCGCUGGCGCGACACUACGUGGCCACGCUGCGCGCCCAGCAGCCGCGCCCGCCCUACACGCUGCUGGGCUACUCACUGAGCGCGCUGUGUCGGCAGGCGGGCUGCGAGACGCGGCUGGUGCUGGUGGACGGGUCCCCGGCCUACGUGGCCACGCAUACCACGCGAGGCAAGAAGAAGCGCGCCACCCGCUCCGCCGAGACCGACGAGGCCGACGCGCUCGCAUACUUCGUGCAGCUGUUCAAGGACGUGGACGCGACAAAGGUGUCGGCGGAGCUGGAGCGCCUGCCGAGCUGGGAGGCGCGGCUGGCGCGGACGACGGAGCUGGUGGGCGCGGCGGCGGGGCCGCACGACGCGGCGGCGCUGGCGGCGGCGGCGGGCUCGUUCUACCGCAAGCUGGUCAUCGCCGACACGUACAAGCCCGCGGGCCGCCUGCGGGCGCCCGUGACGCUGUUCACGGCGCGCGACAACUACGUGGCGCUGGACGAGGACUACGGGCUGCGCGCGGUCUGCGCGGGCCCGCUGCAGACGCGCCAGUUGGCGGGCUCGCACCGGUCCAUCCUGGCGGGCGCGGGCGCCGCCGCCAUCGCCGCGCACCUGUCCGACCUGCUGGCGCACUAGCGCCGCCCCGAGGUCGCGCCGUUCUACAUAUAUUUGCGGGGUUAGAGUAUAAAAUUAGUGCGAGGAGUAAAAUUGUGUAUAUAGCUAUAACAUGAUACUCUAUUUAUUGUACGUAUGUAAGUACUGUCGAGCCCGGCUCGCCGAUUGUGAUACAUUCCGUCGCGGGCGACUCGUGUCGCGAGCGACCUACAUAUACGUAUGUAUGUGUUUUAGUUUGUAGUAAGCCAUUACAUGGAACAUGUAACCCUGACUAUCGUUAGUGUGUAAUAUGGCGCGCUGAGCUCGCCUCGGACCUCUCGGCCCUUGCAUUGCUGUGAUACUGUGAUCUGAAAGUGCGACUGGUGACGCGACUAGUGGCGCGACUAGUGGUCCGCGGCGGGCGCGCGGCGCCGGUAGCGAUGCUAUAGUUAGUACUAGAGUAUGGUUGUUGCGGUAUUUAUUUUGUUACCAAUAAGAAGCCUGCGCCCUGUGAUUAAAAGUGCAUUAUUUUAAAAA